GUAGUCUAGGCGGAAUUAAACGAAAUACAAAAUGUGUCUUGAGUGCCCUUGUUUAGUUAGAAUUUCUUUCCUAUAGUUAUGUGCUUUUUUUUUUUUUUAUCAAAGCCACUAAAUACAACGAGAGAAUCGUGACUGGGAUUGUUUGCAUACAUGGCGUGUUAUUUUAGAAGGGCAAUCGCUUCUCAGCUCUCCAAGAUUUUGGGACCUGCUGAAGAAAAUUUUCUUCCCCUUAUACUGGCUAUCCCUGUCUCCAAAAAACACCAUUCCCCUGACUUCCGUUUAUCAGUAAGCUCCCUGGUUGAGAAUGGAUGGAUACAGCCGGACAGAAGUGUCCAAGCACAGACUGAGCUGCUAGCAAAACAGCUGAAAUGUGACUCUUUGCUUGAUGAAAUACACUUGAAUCAGGGAGGAAUCCAUUUUAAAUUCAACAGGAAACUGUUGGCUGAAAGAGUUCUUCAGCAAGUCUUGAAAGAUGGACCUUACUUUGGAGUCAAAAGUCAACUUUUCAGUCUGUGCAAAAAGAAGAAGGUUGUGGUGGAAUUCAGCUCACCUAAUAUUGCCAAAAAAUUUCAUGCUGGCCACUUAAGAUCCACUAUAAUUGGUAACUUCAUAGCAAACCUGAAGGGAGCUCUUGGUCAUUCUGUAACAAGGAUCAAUUAUCUUGGAGAUUGGGGCCUACAGUUUGGUUUACUGGGCAUUGGAUUUCAAGAGUUUGGUUCUGAAGAAAAAUUAAAAUCAAAUCCCCUCCAGCACCUGUUUGAUGUGUAUGUGCAAGUAAAUAAAACAGCAGAAAAAGAUGAAAAUAUCAAAAAAUCAGCUCAAGAAUUCUUCAGACGUCUUGAAACUGGUGAUGUUCAAGCAUUGUCAUUGUGGCAGCACUUUAGAAAAAUUAGUAUUGAAGAGUAUGAAAGAAUAUAUAAGCGUUUAGGUAUACAUUUUGAAGAGUACUCAGGGGAAUCCCUAUAUCAGAAGUCAUCUCAGACAGUCCUAGACCAGCUUGAAAAACAAGGACUUCUCAAGAAAACAAAGGAAGGAGUAGGUGUGGUGGAUCUCUCCGUUGCUAGAGAUAUGACAUCCUGUGCCACUUUAGUGAGGAGUAAUGGCACUUCUUUGUACUUAACCAGGGAUCUUGCAGCAGCAAUUGAUAGAAUGGACAGAUUUAAUUUUGAUGAGAUGAUUUAUGUGACAGAUAAAGGACAACAGAAUCAUUUUACACAAAUGUUCCAGAUCUUGAAGGCAAUGGGGCAUACAUGGGCAGAACAUCUUUACCAUGUUCCAUUUGGGAUUGUUCAGGGUAUGAAGACACGAAAAGGAGAUGUGGUUUUCCUAGAGGAUGUUUUGGAUGAAGCUCGCUCAAGAAUGCUGCAAAAUAUGAGCAUUUCAAAAACAACCAAAAACUUGGAUGACCCUGAAGAAACAGCAGAGGAUGUUGGGACCAGUGCUAUUAUUAUCCAGGAUUUCAAAGGACCUCUGCUAUCCGACUACAAGUUUGAAUGGGACCGGAUACUGCAAAGCCAGGGUGAUACAGGUGUCUUUUUGCAGUAUACACAUGCUAGACUUUGCAGUUUGCAGGAAAUUAACAACUCUAGCAGUGAAUGUUCUUUCAACCCAGAAUGUCUUCAGGACCCUGCAGCCAUUGCUAUUUUACAGCACCUUCUCCGGUAUGAUGAAGUGCUGUUCCAGUCUUCAAAAAAUCUUCAGCCUAGGCAUCUUGUCAACUUUUUGCUAAUGCUUUGUCGCCUUGCAGCUGUUGCUCAUAAAACUCUGCCUGUCAAGAAUAGCCCUCAGGAAUUAGCUCAGGCAAGGCUGCAGCUUUUUAAGGGGACCUGCACUGUUCUCGCCAAUGGCAUGAGGCUGCUUGGCAUUAAACCAGUGAUAAAGAUGUGAUUCUGCCUUUAAUUUGUUUUUUAAUGCAUAGUUGUGUCAACUGUCCAAAAACAUAGUAUACGCAAGAAAACUGCAGUACAAAAAUUA